AUGUAUGAACUGACAAGCACUCUGAAGAAGUAUGUGGCAAAAACCUACGAUGGAACGUCCAAGAACAGGCCGUGUGACAGCGAGGAGCGUCUGGCGGAGCUCGAUGCUGGGCGUCAAGGACGGCACUGGCUGUUGGCACACUGCACGCCGUCCCCGAUGAUGGACGUGGCGUUCGCCGCCACGACUAUGGACACCUACGAAGACAUGUUCAAGCAACACCAGGCGCUGCAGGGGCCGGCCGACCGCUGGCUGCCCAGCGACGAGCCGCCGCCGGCGUGGGCGGGCGGCUCGCGCGUCGCCACCUACAACCCGGCGCAGAAGCUGUUCCGCUGCGCCGACUGCGGCUGCGUCGGCUUCCUGGCGCGCGUCGCCGAGCACUGGCUCGGCUCGCACGCCAACCUGCGCGUCUUCCACUGCCCGCAGUGUCCGUACUCGAGCGCGUGGGCACGCUGCGUGCGCACGCACCUGACGCGCCAGCACGCCGUGGCGCCCGCCGACGCCGACGCCGCACUCUUCGCCAACAACCCGGUGCUCGAGGAGGUGUCCAAGUUCCUGCACCGGCUCAAGGCGCGCGCCGAGGCGGCCGCCGCUGCGGCCGUCGCGGGCGGACACCCUCCACCCCCGCCGCCUCCGUCGCACCACCCUCCCGCACCGUCACUGCCACCACCACCGCCGCCACCGCCUCCGCCGUCGGCAUCCCAUCAGCAACAGCAACAGGACUCGGGCGGCGUCAAGCGGUACUGCUGCGGCUACUGCCCGUAUUCGACGGACCGGCGCGACCUUUUCACGCGUCACGAGAACAUCCACCGCGAGGAGAAGCCGUUUCAGUGCUACGUGUGCCAGAAGCAGUUCAACCGCGCGGACCACGUGAAGAAGCACUUUCUGCGCAUGCACCGCGACUACCCGUACGACCUGAACCGCGUGCGCCGCCAGCCGGACAAGAGCCCGCCGGCGCCGUCGCCGGGCCCCCCCCCGCCUCCACCCGACUGCGGCGGCAAGCGCGCGGGCUGCGCCGCCAAGUCGCACGCUAGCAAGAACAAGAAAAAGGCCGACAAGCGCUAUUCGUGCUGCUACUGCUCGUGGUCCGGCGUCGACAACUGGUGCCUGAAGCGACACCUCAACACGCACCUGAAGCCGUUCGUGUGCGCGCUGUGCGACUACAAGGCGGCGCGCGCCGAGCGGCUGGCGACGCACGUGCUCAAGGUGCACAACAAGCGCGCCUGCGGCAAGUGCUCCUUCCUCGCCGACGACCAGGCGCAGCUGGCCAUCCACAGGCAGGAGCACCACCAUCCGUGGGAACAUGGGAACGGUUUUACUUCCGACACCUUAUCCCCAAGCCAUCCACAUUCGAUAGCGAGUGCUUCCGGGCACCAGGGCGCUGCCCCGAGCAACCACUUUGGCCUGCUAAAGCGCGAGCAGCAGUAUGAGCUGGGUCUGCCGCUCCACGCCUUCAGCGCGCCGCGGUCCGCACCCAAACAGCAGCACUUCGGUGCGGCGCGCCUUUUCCACUACAUGGAAGCGUCCGACACCUCCGACCAGGACGAGGAGGAGGAGCCGGUAAGCUGCUCUGCCCAGCGGCCUCCGCCGCCCGUCGGCUGCCGGCAGUGCGGCUGCGAGUUCGCCGACGUCAACUCUCUGCAGACGCACCAGCUCGUCCACCACACGGCCAAGAGCGGCGCGCCCGAGGCUGCCACUGCCACUGCCACCGCGAAGAAGCCGUGCACCAAACCGCUGCCCUACCGCUGUAGCGUCUGCGAGUGCAGCCUCGCGUCACAGGCACUGAUGCUGGAGCACAUGCGGAUACACAACGGACGCCUGCUCGCCUGCAAGGAGCGCGGCUGUGCCUUCGUCACCCCGCUCGGGGAGUCAGCACUCAGGGACCACUCCAAAAUGCACUCCCCUUCCGUCGACAAUACUCCCCUUUGCUGCCCCCACUGCCAACAUCCUCUGGACUCUGUCGAAUCCCUACAGCGGCACAGGCCGCUUCACCACUUACCUGAAACCCUCUGCGAUCUCUGUGACAGUGUUUGCCAAAAGUUUCGCCACUGCCCACCACUCUCUGCCACUGCCUGCUGCGAAUCUGGCUGUGUAGACCUGAAAACUGGAACUUCCCUCGACUGUUCGUUUCCAAAAACUGACCAAGCUACAGCUGGCACGAAACGUUCUCGGAAGCAGAGGCAGCCCAGACGAGUUGUAGCGAGAGGAGAAGACGCGUCGGAAAUUCGCGUCCUGAAACACUCGGCGUCUCCGAAGCCGCGGUCUGCCAAGUGGAGAAGUCUCGGCGCCAGUCGCACCUUGUGUCAACUCCGAGAGAAGUAUAUGAGCGGACUCCUCUCCCGCAAGAGGAUAAGGUGCAGCUGGUGUCCGCAACAGGCGCCACUGUUCCCCUACCACACGCCGGCCACACUGGCUCUGCACAAUACGUGGCGCCAUAGCAUUCGCAAGUUUGAAUGCGAGCACUGUAGUGAAACCUUCCGCCACCGCUACCAAGUGAUCAUACAUUCCAGCAGGGAACACGCCGCAGUAAGCAGCACCAGUCGCGGAGACGGACCGGAAGGGAAACCGGUGGAGGACGUUUCACAGCAGUCUGGACCAGAAAGUGGAUGUCAAGGUGGAAAGGAGCGAAUGACUGUAAACACUCCCUCUUGCCCUCUGGCGGAACCCACAUUUCCUAGCAUGAAUGUACCUGAUUCUCUGAGUGAAAAUGUGCCAAUGACAACGAAAGAACUCUGCAAUGGAGAUAGCCUACGCAGUGUCCAAAGUUAUACAAAAAACUCCAUUUUAAAUAUUCCACUGCCGCCACCCAUUAUGGCAACGUCGUCUUCGGUAUUGUGACCGUAUUACUUCUCUUACUAGGUUACAUCUUUUCACUCAAGGGUUAAAGUGCAAUAAACGUGUUUUCCACGUCCUAUUUUUCGUUAUGUGUGAAUGAAAUGAAGUGUGUCACAGCAAUGUAACUGUGAUAAA